UUCUGCUGGGAGCGGGCGCGGGAACCGGCAGGGAGGGGAGGGGGGGGCGGAGCCGUAGUCCCGGCGGCGGAAGGAGGAGAGGAAGAAAGGGGCGAGCCCUGGUGCCUGGCGGUGGCGCGAGGCUGUAGCUCAGGCGCGCGGGUGGCUGUGUCCAGGCUGGGCGUUCGGGCGGUCAGUGUCGGCAUUGAGCUCGCUGUCCCGGGCCGCCGCCGUUCUGCUUCUCGCCGCUGCUGCCGAGGGGGCUUGGGCGGCGAAGGAGCGGAGCCGGCCGCAGAGCGGGUGGGGAGGGAGGAGGCGGUGAAGGCGGCGGGCCGGGAGGGGGGGAAGAUGCCGCUGGCGCAGCUGGCGGACCCGUGGCAGAAGAUGGCUGUGGAGAGCCCGUCCGACAGCGCUGAGGAUAAAUGAGGAGCUGAUUCUUAAUCCUGUCACAUUGAAUGGACAGCAAAUUAUGGAUGAACCUAUGGGAGAGGAGGAGAUUAAUCCACAAACUGAAGAAGGCAGCAUCAAAGAAAUCGCAAUCACACAUCAUGUGAAGGAAGGCCAUGAAAAGGCAGAUCCUUCCCAGUUUGAACUUUUAAAAGUAUUAGGGCAGGGAUCAUUUGGAAAGGUCUUCUUAGUAAAAAAAAUCUCAGGCUCUGAUGCUAGGCAGCUUUAUGCCAUGAAGGUAUUAAAGAAGGCCACGCUGAAAGUUCGAGACCGUGUUCGGACAAAAAUGGAACGUGAUAUCUUGGUAGAAGUUAAUCAUCCUUUUAUUGUCAAACUGCAUUAUGCUUUUCAAACUGAAGGGAAGCUGUAUCUUAUUUUGGAUUUUCUCAGGGGAGGAGAUUUGUUUACACGCUUAUCCAAAGAGGUGAUGUUCACAGAAGAAGAUGUCAAAUUCUACUUGGCUGAACUUGCACUUGCUUUAGACCAUCUGCAUAGCCUGGGAAUAAUCUAUAGAGACUUAAAACCAGAAAACAUACUUCUUGAUGAAGAAGGUCACAUCAAGUUAACUGAUUUUGGCCUAAGUAAGGAAUCUAUUGACCAUGAAAAGAAGGCAUAUUCCUUUUGUGGAACCGUGGAGUACAUGGCUCCAGAAGUAGUUAACCGUAGAGGUCAUACUCAGAGCGCUGACUGGUGGUCUUUUGGUGUAUUGAUGUUUGAAAUGCUCACCGGUACACUACCUUUCCAAGGAAAAGAUCGUAAAGAAACAAUGACUAUGAUUCUGAAAGCUAAACUUGGGAUGCCACAGUUUCUGAGUCCUGAAGCCCAGAGCCUUUUACGAAUGCUUUUCAAACGAAAUCCUGCGAACAGAUUAGGUGCUGGACCAGAUGGAGUUGAGGAAAUUAAAAGACAUUCAUUUUUCUCAACGAUAGACUGGAAUAAACUGUAUAGAAGAGAAAUUCACCCACCUUUUAAGCCUGCAACUGGCAGACCUGAAGAUACAUUUUAUUUUGAUCCAGAGUUUACUGCAAAAACUCCCAAAGAUUCACCUGGCAUUCCACCUAGUGCUAAUGCACAUCAGCUUUUUCGGGGGUUUAGUUUUGUUGCUAUUACCUCAGAUGAUGAAAGCCAAGCUAUGCAGACAGUUGGUGUACAUUCAAUUGUUCAGCAGUUACACAGGAACAGUAUUCAGUUUACUGAUGGAUAUGAAGUAAAAGAAGAUAUUGGCGUUGGCUCAUACUCUGUUUGCAAGAGAUGUAUACAUAAAGCCACAAACAUGGAGUUUGCAGUGAAGAUUAUUGAUAAAAGCAAAAGAGACCCAACAGAAGAAAUUGAAAUUCUUCUUCGUUAUGGACAGCAUCCAAACAUUAUUACUCUAAAGGAUGUGUAUGAUGAUGGAAAAUAUGUGUAUGUAGUGACAGAACUUAUGAAAGGUGGUGAACUGCUGGACAAAAUUCUUAGACAGAAAUUUUUCUCUGAACGAGAGGCCAGUGCUGUCCUCUUUACUAUAACCAAAACUGUUGAAUAUCUUCACGCACAAGGGGUGGUUCACAGAGACUUGAAACCUAGCAACAUUCUUUAUGUGGAUGAAUCUGGUAAUCCAGAAUCUAUUCGAAUUUGUGAUUUUGGCUUUGCAAAACAGCUGAGAGCAGAAAACGGUCUUCUGAUGACUCCUUGUUAUACUGCAAAUUUUGUUGCACCAGAGGUCUUAAAACGACAAGGUUAUGAUGCUGCCUGUGAUAUAUGGAGUCUUGGUGUCCUCCUUUAUACAAUGCUUACUGGUUAUACUCCAUUUGCAAAUGGUCCUGAUGAUACACCAGAAGAAAUAUUGGCACGAAUAGGUAGCGGAAAAUUCUCACUCAGUGGUGGUUACUGGAAUUCUGUUUCAGAUACAGCAAAGGACCUAGUGUCAAAGAUGCUUCAUGUUGACCCUCAUCAGAGACUGACUGCUGCUCUUGUGCUCAGACAUCCUUGGAUCGUCCAUUGGGACCAACUGCCGCAAUACCAACUAAAUAGGCAGGAUGCACCACAUCUUGUAAAGGGUGCCAUGGCAGCUACAUACUCUGCUUUAAACCGUAAUCAGUCACCAGUUUUAGAACCAGUAGGCCGCUCUACUCUUGCUCAGCGGAGAGGUAUUAAAAAAAUCACCUCAACAGCCCUCUGAAGUGACCUCAGUGAGAUAUUUGGUACCAUGAUGUAAGCUGAUAGCACAAGUUCUGGCGACAGGUAGCACAUCCCUGAGAGACACCUGCAAGCACACACUGUCCCAGCUGGUACCCAUAAUGCUGCUGCUCCUGCUGCUGCUCCUGCUUUCGUCUCUUCUCGCUUUAAAUGAUUGUUAGCAAGUUAGAUUUUCCUGGAGCUUCGAAUGAAAUGAAAGUGGAAACAUGAUGAAGAUAUAUUCACUGAAUCAACAGAAAAAUAAUGAACAUAUGAAUACCACCUAAAAAUACACUGAAUAAAGUACUCUACACCAUAUAGCAUUAUUUUUAUAAGAAAUAUUUCAUGGCCCUUAAAUAUUCUUUGUUAGUUAUAGGGAUGGACAGUUUAUGUUAAGCACUUAGCUUAAACAAUCCAUUUAUAUUAGCACUGUAUCCCUUGUGCCAUCCAACAUUUUGUAUGUUUUUGUAAACAGUUCAUAUACAGUACAUUUCUGUACUGCUUUCUUUAAUGUAUACAUGCCUUGUUUAACUUGGAAUCUAUUAAUCAAUUGACUAUUAAAUCUGAUUAAAUAGUUCACCUGGAUUAACAGUAUUGUUGAGAAACCCUAAAAAUGGCCAGACUGAUUGAACAGCUGUUGAAUGUAAUUCUUUCAAAAUGUACAUAUCUUUCCCCAUCUGUUUCACUGGUUUGUUCAUUUUUUUCUUAAAGUCAGGUGCUCUGUCAGACUAACCUAGAGAGCUGUUAGUGGUAGAGGAAGUUGUGUGUGUGACAUGUAAUCAAGAAUACACCUGUGAAGUUAGUCCAUAUACUUGGCAGUUCCUUAGGGUUCAGUUUUUCUCCUUAAUUAAGGAAGCAGUCCUUGCACUUUUAACCUUACAUAGUACCCGUACUUAGUAUUUGGCAUAUCAUUUGAAAUUUUGCCAAUAUACAUCAAAGGCCUUUAAAAGAGUCAUAGUAAAGAAAUUGGAAAAGGAAAAUUUAGACACUGGUAAUUGAAGCCUUACUGGAUGUUUCAUGUUUAGAUAUUCUAUAUCAAACCCUAAUUUGAAUGUAAUAAAGGCCAUAGGCUUCUAUAUGAAAUUGAAUUUAAGCUUGCUUUUCUAGGGAAUAAAGCAUUCUUGCUCAAACAAUAUCUGUUCUAACCUGAAGUCAUAGCUAAGAUAGGCUCAAUGAAUGUUCAGCACUGAAUGUUUCCUAAAUUCUGGCUAGUGAUUUCUAGCCCUAUGAUGUUUCCUUUGACUUCAGAAGUGACCAGUUUUCAUAAUGGCCCCUGGAUCCACUUAGAUUGCAGUAUUAGUGCAUACGUCUAAUGUGCUAGUUACCACAGACUUAUUUGACAAAAGAAACUUCAUCAUUACCUAUAUCUUUGCCACACUACUCGGCAUAAAUUAAUAUGUAAUGCGAAAAAUAUGAACAAAGGAAAAGUGAUUUUACUUACCUCAUCAGUCCAAAUAGACCUUUGUAAGUCACUUUCUAAGCCGCUUACAUCAGAAAUCUUCUUCCCUGAGUACCAAGCCAAGAAAGUAUAGUUUUACCUAUGUCAUAGAAUUCCCUUGACAGUCCUUCAUCUCUAACACUCCUUUUGCCCAGGUAACACCAAAUGAUUAUUGUGUUAGGAGCACAUGGACGUUUAUCUUCUAAAUGAAAACUGCAGAUUAGGAAGAUAUCAGAAGUUUUACCUAACGUUUUUUGAAAUUACUGAGUAUAUGGAUGCUAAUCAUUAAAAGCUGCUUCCCAUUGCCUACAAAGAAAGCUUUUUUCUCUUCUGUUCAGUACUUUAAACCACAGUCAGUCCUCCUGAGCUGUUACAUUUUUUUAAACGUUAAUAUAAUGCUGAGAGGAAAAUACAGUUUCAGAAUUUUAACACUGAUGCUAUUCCUAUAUCUUCUUAGGUAUUUUGACCAUCAUAGCCCUUUAGAACUAGAAGUAACCAUAUAAAUUCUUAUAAAUUACCAGGUUAAAUCUUUCCAUAUUGUAUGUAAAGAAUCUCAGACCCAAAUCAAUGACUAGACUCUUUAACUUCUGUCCCCAUUAGUUUCUUUUUCCUCAUAACACCAUGCUGCCUUUCCUUCAUAAUACCACCUGACUAGUAUCUGAAUUCAAAAACCAUGUAUUUCUUAGGGCAGUCCUUUACUUACAAGACCAAGUUUAUUUCCUUCAAGGAUAAUUGCCUGCUUUCUCUAGUCAGACUGCCAGUUUUAUUGGAGAAAAGCAAGUUACAUAUUCACAAAAGUGAAGGCCUUCUGCCAAAACAGUUUAGGUGCAUAAAUGAUUCCAUCUGUGGUCCUGGUGUUCCCAUUGUGUUUGGGAAACGUAGCUGACAAUGUCCUCUAAAUGUAGUACUUGUGCUGGGGUUAGCCUUUCUAUUCAUUUUUGCAAAGUCCGUUUCUUCCUGGCCACUAUACUUAUGAUAUUGAGGGCCCUGAAGUCUUCUGCCCUUCACCCAUUGCUGCCAAUUUCUGGGAUUUAUCCCAGGAGUUGUCAGUCUAGUCUUUAUGUUUUACUGAACGAAGGAACUAAACUGUCAGGACUCUUUUACAAGCAUCUCUUUGUUUAUAAUGCAACAUAAUAUUCCAAAUGAUAGAAUUGCACUUAACCUAGCCAAGCAUAUACUAGACAGUAUGAAUUCAAUACCAUGUAUUUUGUAUCUUCCCUUUCAAGCGAUGAUGUUAAAUUAAGGUAAGUUUUUUUUUCUUUUUCUUUUUAUGAAUCAUUUCAGCUCCUUCUGUUUAUAGAGGUAUUUCUAAGUACAUCAGACACUUGAACAGAUUUGAUGUGGAUUUAUUUUUCAAAAUCACCCCCAAAAGUCUAAAAAUAAUUCUGGCAAGACCUAAAGUCAAGAUGCUGCAAGGCUGGCAUGUGGGAAGUGUUGGUUGUGAGUAUUUGGAGGGAGGAUGCGGGGUAUAUGUGGUAGAGUUUCCACAUUUCACAUGCAUUGCACUCCAAAGAACGAUUUGGGGUCAAGCAUUUCCCAUCUGUUCUUUAGAAAUGGCUUCUGUUGGGGGUCAGAAGACAUCAGGGGAAGGGGAGGAUCCCCUUAUCUGUACCCAUACCCUCAGCUCAGGAAAGAUUUGAACAGAGGGUAGGUGCAGAGGCUUCAAGAGAAGUCAGAAUGUAUUUGACAGGAAAAGGAUCAGGGAGGCUCAGCCUGGGAUAAGAGUUGGCAAAAAGUAUUCAAAUUUUGGGGACUUUGUAUAGAUGUGUUUAAUCACUGUGGAGGCCAGUAACAUAUCUAUCCCAACAUGACUUUGAUAGUCACUAUUCCCUGGCCUUUAGUAAUUACCUACAGUAGUUGAGGUUAUUUUAAUCUCUUUUUAAAGUAAGUUCUGACUUGUGGUAUUGAGCAUUUGAGACUUGUGAAAGUAUUCAGAGAGAUGACUCUGGACCGUUAGGAAUCAGAAAGUCUGUUUUCUGUGACUCACAAAUAGAGUGGAUUCCAUGGCUGAUCUUGGUGCUUAAACCAGGAGGGUCCAGUCUAACCUUUUAUUUGUCCCUCUGCAAGAUCCAACUCCCUGUGAAAACUGGAUGUAUACUUUGAGCCUUAUUUAAAUCACAGAUAAGUUGACUUAAUUCAGUAUUUUUAUUUCAAUUAAUGAAAAUAGUCCUCUUUUCAACCCCAGGUUGCUUACAUUUUGCUGAUCUCCCCAAAUGACCAUUGGUGGAGACCAAUUAAUGAAGGAAUGAAUUAACUUUCUUGAGACUGUGGUAUUCUACAGAGUCACACUUAACCACUUUUUUCAGUGAAGAAUCUACACAUUGAUAAUACCAAAAUAUGGAUGGCCAAGAAGAAUUUGUAUCUACGGUGUGCUUUGUGUAUUUUUGACACUGCUGUAUUCUGUGUUUACCAAGUGAUUUGUAACUGAUUCCAAUGUGACUGUUCUAAAAAUUUCUAGUAAUUUAGUCAACUUAGGUUUCUUAAUGGUAUCACUAUAGGUCUCACAUUUACCACUUUUAUUCAAGUCUUUUAACUGUUCAUAAUGAGGCAUAGCAAGGGUUGGCAUGAGAGCCUACUUCCUACCUCUUAAGGCACUUUCCUCAUUUUGCCAUAUAACCUUGAACUGCAUGAUAAGCUGUUGAAAUGGUCAUGACUUCUCCCAGAGCAACUAGCAAAGUAUAUGGCAUUUUGAAUAGAAAUUAGUGGAAAAGAAAAUUUAGGGAUUUUUAAAUACAGCUGUGCAAACCUCAAGACGAUGUCUUUAGAGCACAUACCAAUUAAGUACAGUAUAUGAAAAUGUAUAUGAGAAGAGAGUCGCGAUAAUAGUUCUCUCUAAGUAGAUUAGUUCAAUGUCUAGUGAAAGUGAACAUCUUUAUUCCUGUUAUUACUGUAGUACUGGUUGAACUGUAUACUGAGUUUUUCAAACAAGUAUUUAAAAUAUAAAUUUUAAAUACAAAGCAAGGGCAUAAGGAUAAAGAUUUUGGAUUGUGUUUCUAUAAGUGUAGUUUACCAUCUAAAGCUUUGUUUUUUAAUUUAAAAGAAAUUUCAAAGUAUUGCCAUUUGUUAGCAUCCUUAGUAAUUAUGAGUGAUGAAUUUGUAACUCAAAAUCAUAUACAUGUAAAACUCUUGCCCUAAAUAAAAGGGAAGGUAUACACCUAAAGGAUGUAAUUAUUUUGCAAUUUUGGCUAUGGGUGGGAAUGGGGUGGGUACUACUUAAGCAGUUUUUAAAAAAGAAAAAAAAUCACAAAUAUUUUUCUACUAUUAUAUACGAUCUUACUUUCUACUACUUUCUCUCUAGUAAGGCAUGCCAGAAGCCCAAGCAAGGUACCAUAUCAUGAGUUCUUCUGUGUUGUACCUCUCAUUGGUGGUUAAAGCACAUCAGAUGCUUGGCACUGCUGCCAUAACUAUGAAAUGCUUGUAAGGAUCAGAUUUCGCUGAAUACUUUAAAUUGUUUUACUUCAGAGUCUAAUCUGGGAAGUUUGAAUCAUACUAUUAAUGUGUAAUCUAAGCUCUUUCUGAUGUAUCCAUGAAUAAUCCUGGAACAAUACUGCUUGUAUUCCUGUCACAGAACAGGUUUUGUAAUCUUUAAAAGAAAUGAAAAUUUAUAUAAUAAAGUUUCAAGUAAAGCA